UCGCUCCGGGCGCCCCUUCCCUCCCUCUGGUCGCCUAGGAACGCCACUCUAAAAUGGCGGAGGCCGCCGAGGCUGCUGGCAGGCAGGCAGUAGAGAAGCAGCUGAAGAUCUGCGGCUUUAAGAGGAACGUGGAUGUGUCGGUGUUGUAUCUGGCUGGACUAGGACUAAGAAGUAUUCCAAGUCUGUCACUGUUUCGUAAGUUGAGGUAUUUAUGGAUUCACAACAAUAAGAUCCAAGAUUUAAGUUUCUUGGAGAAAAACUACUGUUUGACUGAGCUCUAUCUCAACAACAAUGAACUCGCACAUAUAUCAGGUGCUCUGAAAAAUUUGCGUUCAUUACAGAUUCUGUUGCUUCACAACAACCAGUUAAAAGAACUCGCUGAAACAGUGAAGGAAUUAAAAGGAUUAAUAAGCUUGCGGACACUGAACUUGUUUUACAACCCUCUGGCAUAUGAGGCAGACUACCGUCUCUAUGUGAUACACAGCCUGCCUUCAGUGCAGCUCCUGGACAGGAUGCCAGUUACGCAAAGAGAAAGGGAGUUGGCAAUUCUUGUCUUUAACUACGAAAAGUCCUGUGCUGUGGAAUCGAUUGCUUUUGGAAAGAGAGUGGACUCAUUGCCAAGCACUUCCAUCAGGCACAGCAAGGGCAGUCGGCCAGCCAGGAGACUGAUUGUGCCCUCAGGUCGGGAAUUUGGAAAUCACGCAAAUAAAGUUCCAUUUGAGAACCCAGAAGAUGCUGUUUUAGUACGGGCAAUGACAAGAUCCUUAGUGGAAUUUUCCUCUGUUGACUGGAACAAAAUACCCACCUGUCAAGAAAGACGGCUUAAGCACAAAGCAGAGGAAUCUCCUAAGAAGCUGACAAUCCAAUUUAGAUGACUUCAUUCUUCCUUAAGGAAAACACCGCUCCUCUGUCUAAAGUGGAUGUAAGCAUCUUACAUAAGUUAUUAUCUCUAUAAUGCAACUACACUAAAACGUGCAUCUAAUUAAAUGAUCUUCCAGCAGAAAAAAAAGAAAAAAAAAAAAAAAGUGUUAGUGGAACAUUUCUUUUAUCAUCGAAUAUAUAACAUGUAGGGCCACAAAAUUAAGCAAUCAAAUGCACAACAGUGGUGAUGUUAUAAUAAAAAAUGUUUGAAAUGCAA